AUGACGGCGAAUAAACCGAUUCUGUACGGCACCUAUACUAGCCCCGGUGUUAAUGCUGUUAUUAUGACACUAAAAGCUGUCAAUGUUGACUUUGAAUUUCGUGAAAUAAAACCACUAAAAAAUGAAAACUUUUCCGAGGAAUAUUUAAAGAAAAACCCAACCGGUACCAUACCCUGCCUGGAAACUGAAGAUCAUAAAUUUAUUGGAGAUUCACAUGCUAUUACAGCCUAUGUGGUAGAUCGUUAUGCAGCAGAUGAUUCGUUAUAUCCCAAAGAUUUGUGUAAACGUGCCAAAGUUCAACAGCUACAACAUUUUGCCGACAGCAUUUUGUUUACGACGUGUGUUCGACCGGCCUAUGAACCGAUAUUUUGGCGAACAAAAAACUCUGUGGACAAUGAGAUAUUUAAACGUAUCGAUAAGGCAUACGGAACGAUGGAACGUUUUCUUAGCCAGGGUAAAUGGGUGGCCGGUGAUCAGUUGACAAUUGCCGAUUUCCAUUGUGUUGUUUGUGUAUUUGGUUUGUUCUAUUUGCGACCGGUCGAUGAUGCGGCGUAUCCAUGUCUAUUCGAUUGGCUGCAACGAAUGAUGGCAAUACCCUAUGUUAUGGAUAUGUUAACUAGCAGUGCAAUGACUUCAUCAAUGGGUUUUCUCGAUAAACAAAUCGCAAAGUUGUAA